CUACAUACUACAAGUUUAUAGUCUACCUUAUGUUGUAUUUGUAACAAUUGAGUUUUAUGCAAGUAACGUUUUUGUGUUUGUCGUUUCUCUGUUUGAAGGAUAUGAGGAGCGAUAUCCAACUGCUUGCAAAUGCUGCCGAUGCUGUCUUGGAAGUUAAAUGUCACUAUUUGCAAGCCAGCAUAUCUGGAUCUACUUUUUGCAUUGGAGAUUGUGCAUUUGUGAAAGGUCCAGAAGGAAAACCAAAUUACAUAAGCAGAAUACUCGAGUUUUUUGAAACAGUUACCGGUGAACGUUACUGCAGAGUGCAAUGGUUUUUCAGAGCUGAAGACACGAUCAUGGAAAACCAAGCACAGUCUCAUGACCCAAGGAGGCUCUUUUACUCAGAUCUGAAGGAUGACAAUUCACUAGACUGUAUUGUCUCCAAAAUUUCAAUUGUGCAAGUUUCUCCUUGUGUUGAUAAAGAGUCAAAGUCGAUAUCUCCAUCCCAAUAUUACUAUGACAUGAAGUACUCUCCGGACUACAGUACUUUCUCUACCUUGGAAAUGGGAGAUAUGCAUGCCAAAUUGCAGUCAAGUCACGUAAGUAGUAUCAAUAUGAAAAAGGUUGACUUCAGUAAGAAGCAAAAGUCUCCUGUACCAAAUAAGAAGGAUCUCUCUUUGCUAGAUCUCUACUGCGGUUGUGGUGGAAUGUCAACUGGACUUUGUCUUGGGGCUAAUGUUGGUGGUGUGAAUCUUGUGACGAGAUGGGCUGUUGAUAAUGAUGAAGUUGCAUGUGAAAGCUUCAGAUUGAAUCAUCCAGAAACUCGGGUCCGGAAUGAAACUACCGACGAUUUCCUUGAAUUGCUGAAAGAAUGGCAAAAAUUAUGCAAACAAUAUGUGAGGCAAAGUGAAGUAAAGGACCAGGCUGAUGCUUUACCAGAAUCCAGCAAUGGAAUUCCAGACGAGUCUUCAGUCCCUCCCGAAGAGCUUGAAGUAUGGAAGCUAGUUGAUAUUUGCUAUGGUGAUCUCAAUAAUGUCAGAAAACGGUGCUUAUAUUUUAAGGUCCGUUGGAAGGGUUAUGGCCCUAAUGAUGACACAUGGGAGCCAAUUGAAGGAUUAGGGAACUGCACUGAUGCAAUUAGGGAUUUCGUUAUUGAGGGUCAUAAGCAGAAGAUACUACCACUUCCUGGUGAUGUUGAUGUUGUAUGCGGGGGUCCACCAUGCCAAGGCAUUAGUGGCUACAACCGCAAUAGAGAAUUCGAUGCACCAUUUAAGUGUGAGAAGAACAUGCAGAUUAUUGUCUUUAUGGAUGUCAUGCAAUUUUUGAGGCCCAAAUAUGUCUACAUGGAAAACGUCCUUGAUAUAUUGAAGUUUGCUGACGCGACACUUGCAAAAUAUGCUUUAAGUCGCCUAAUUUCUAUGCAUUACCAAGCCAAACUGGGGAUCAUGGCUGCUGGAUGUUAUGGUCUUCCACAAUUUCGGAUGCGUGUAUUUUUGUUGGGCUGUCAUCCUGAGGAGAAAUUGCCCCCAUUUCCUCUGCCUACACAUGAAGCGAUUGUGAAGAAUGGUUGCCCUUUGGCUUUUGAGCGUAAUUUGGUUGGGUGGUCUGACAGCACGAAAGGGCAACUAGCGAAGCCAAUUGUCCUUGAGGACAUUCUUUCAGAUCUUCCAAAAGUGGGAAACGAAGAAAGUCGUGAUGAAAUGGCAUAUGUAAAGGGCCCUCAAACAGAGUACCAAAGAUACAUUCGAACAUUUAAAUCUGAAGUGCAGGGUCCUAAAUCUCAUGUUGCAAAAGCUAAGUCAAAAAAAGCUAAGCCAAAAUUGUAUGAUCAUCGGCCGUUGGCACUUGGUAAUGACAACUACUUAAGGGUGUUGCAAAUUCCCAAGAAAAAGGGAGCUAAUUUUAGAGACCUUCCGGGAGUUGUAGUUGGUCCGGACAAUGUAGCUAAAUUAGACCCAACAAAGGAUAGAGUGCUUUUACCAUCUGGUCGUCCUCUGGUGCUUGAUUGUAUACUAACGUAUGAGGAUGGUAAAUCCUUAAGACCUUUCGGCCGAUUAUGGUGGGAUGAGGUAGUUGGAACUGUGCUGACGUGUCCAAAUGCUCGUAUGCAGGCCUUGAUACAUCCUGCACAGGACAGACUGCUCACUAUUCGUGAAAGUGCUCGAUUGCAAGGUUUUCCUGAUAGCUACAGAUUCCGUGGAACAGUCAAAGACAGGUAUCGCCAAAUUGGAAAUGCCGUGGCCGUACCUGUUGGCCGUGCACUUGGGUAUUCUUUGGCCAUGGCCUAUCUGAACAAGAUUGAAAAUGAUCCCCUCAUGGCGCUACCACCCAAGUUUGCGUUCUCCCAUAAUAUAGAAGAUACUACAUAUUCCAGAGUGGACGGUUGACUUGUUUACCCACAUCUGUCUGUUCAUUCUCUGCUAGAAAAGCUGGGUCGUGCGAUUCAUGGUCGUGAAUAUCGUUAGGGUUGUGAAUAUCCAAUAGGUCAUGCCCAUUUUAAAAUAAUUCUUGAUUCGUUCCAUUGACAUGUUGUAUCUUGUAACAUUUUCACUAGUUUUUUAAAAGUUGAUGAAGACAGGUAUAAGUGGCUCAGUAAGGUUUCUCCAGAGAGAACCUUGUGUUGUACUGUAAAAGAGUUCCAUGUAUUCCUUAGAAACUCACAUAGGGAGGUAGGUGUAGGUGGCUCCAGUAAGGUCUCUGGCUAAGUUUGGGGCCGAGAGAGACUUUGUUGUUGUACUAUGAAAGAAUGUAUGUAUAGACAUGUUCGGUAGUCAGUGGAAUAAAAUGCAUGUACAUCAUCUGAUGUGUCGGUGUUUGUAUUUGAGAUUUUUUAGCAGGGAGUGAACAUACCAAAAAUAAUUAUGUAAGUAGUUCAAUAAAUGUACUGCAAGUUGUAUUCUGGA